AUGGUCACCAUAGCUCACGACGAGAUUAAGGAUACAAAUAUCGAGCACGUGAUAACGGAGAUUAUUCCUAAAAAGAAAAGGAAAUCGAAGAGCACUUUCUUAAUUAACGUAUACAGCUCGCCCAAACAAAGGGACGGGGACUUUCUAAAACUUUUUGCCGAAGCCAAGAGGCUAGCGGGACACAACAGCCUAGUGAUAGCGGGAGAUUUCAACGCUAAGAGCCCCCUGUGGGGUUACGCCAAAGAGGAUAAGAAAGGGAGGGCGAUUAGCACGGCCGCGGAAAAUGCGGGAUGCGAGCUCCUAACCGACGAGGCCCAGCCUACCAGAAUGGGUAACAGCGUCAGUGUAGACACGUGCCCCGACCUCACGUUUGUCAAGAACGCCAAGAAAGCGGAAUGGGAGAACCUGCUGGAAAACCUGGGCAGCGACCACCACGUCCUCCGCCUAGUACUCGAGGCGGAAAACACGAAGAGAAAGAUCGGCUCGACCAGACUGACGGACUGGGGCGCCUUCAGAAGACACUGCAGAGAACUGGGCGGCGACAUCACUUCCCCGGAAGAAUGGAGCCAACAGUUGAAGCAAAUCCAGGAGCUCUACACCCGCGAGGUGGACAGAACAGAACAGGCACCGGAGGUGGACAAGCGGCUGCUGGGGCUAUGGGAAGCACGCCGCGGCCUCAGAAAGCGCUGGAAGAAGCAGAGAAUGAACAAGAAGCUAAAGAAGAAGAUUGCGGAGAUCACCAAAAAGGCCGAGGAGUACGCGACGCAACUGGCCAGACAGGUGUGGCAGCAAUUCACCGACUCGCUAAACGGCACCCUCAGCACGGCCAGGACGUGGCAGAUACUCCGAGGCCUACUGGACCCCAGCAAGAGCAAGCGAGAGAGCAGCAACUCGAUCCAGAGGCUGAUCCACCUAUUCCAAGGCACCGACGAGCAGCUGCUCGAGGAGGUCCGCAAGAAAUGCUACGGAACGGGAGAGCCGGAGGGAUACCGCGGUGAGUACCGAGGCGAAGACAACCCGGACAUGGACCGACCCAUCUCGAGGGAGGAGGUCGUCGAGGUCAUCAGAUCGGCCACCAAGAACACGGCGGCGGGAGCGGACAGAGUCCGGAACUCCCUCAUACGCAACCUGAGCGACGGAGCGAUAGACCAGCUCGUCAGGUACCUAAACACGCUGUGGCAAGAAGGGAAAGUUCCGGCGGAGUAG